AACUUUUGUAUUUUCCAGACAAUUGCGACAUGGCUGACGAAACAGUGAUCAAGCCAACAGCCGUGACACCUGCCAUUGACACCUCAAAGUGGCCUCUUCUUUUGAAGAACUACGAUCAGCUCAAUGUCCGUACUGGUCAUUACACACCCAUCCCCAAUGGUUGUUCUCCUUUGAAACGCCCUCUUAACGAUUACGUUCGUUAUGGUGUCAUCAACCUUGACAAGCCUGCCAACCCUUCCUCUCACGAAGUUGUUGCCUGGGUUCGUCGUAUCCUCCGUGUGGAGAAGACUGGCCACAGUGGAACUUUGGACCCCAAGGUUACCGGCUGCUUGAUUGUCUGUGUUGAUCGUGCUACCCGCCUUGUUAAGUCCCAGCAAGGUGCUGGUAAGGAGUAUGUGUGCGUUCUCCGUCUUCACGAGGCUCUUGAGAGCGAAAAGAAGUUGUCACAGGCUAUUGAGACCCUUACUGGUGCUCUCUUCCAACGCCCUCCUCUUAUCUCUGCUGUCAAGCGUCAGUUGCGUGUCCGUACCGUUCACGAGAGCAAGCUCCUCGAAUUCGAUAACGACCGUCACUUGGCUGUAUUCUGGGCCAGCUGUGAAGCUGGUACUUAUAUGCGUACUCUCUGUGUACAUUUGGGUCUCUUGUUGGGCGUUGGUGGCCACAUGCAGGAGCUCCGUCGUGUGCGCUCUGGUGCCAUGUCUGAGAACGAUGAGAUCGUCACAAUGCACGAUGUCAUGGAUGCUCAGUGGUUGUUUGACAACAAUAAGGACGAGUCUUACCUCCGUCGCGUUGUCCGUCCUCUCGAGACUCUCUUGACUGGUUACAAGCGUGUCGUUGUUAAGGACAGUGCCGUAAACGCUGUCUGCUACGGUGCCAAGCUGAUGAUUCCCGGUCUCUUGCGUUACGAGAGCGGUAUUGAGGUCAACGAGGAGAUCGUCCUUAUGACCACCAAGGGUGAAGCUAUUGCUCUUGCCUACGCACAAAUGACCACUGCUGUUAUGGCUACUUGUGACCACGGUGUUGUUGCAAAGGUCAAGCGUGUCAUUAUGGAGCGCGACACAUACCCCCGCCGCUGGGGACUUGGCCCCGUUGCCUUGGCCAAGAAGAAGCUCAAGUCUGAUGGUAAGCUCGACAAGUUCGGUCGUGUCACUGACGAAACCCCCGAAGUCUGGAAGACUGCCUACGUUGACUACACCAAUAACCCCGAUGGCAAGGACCUUGCUCCUGCUUUCGGCAAGCCUUCCGAGGCUGCCGUCGCUGCCGCCGGUAUUGCACCCAAGAUUACUGCUGUUCAGGUCGCAAACAAGGACUCCACGAAGUCCUUGAAGCGUGUUGCUGAGGAUGAGGAUUCUUCUGAGCCCAAGAAGGCCAAGAAGGAGAAGAAGGAGAAGAAGGAAAAGAAGGAGAAGAAGGAGAAGAAGAGCAAGGAUUAAUAAACAGGAAACAAAAUAUUGGAAAGUAACCGUUUGUAAAUCGCAUAAAAUGAAAGAUGUAAUAAAAUUUAACCAGCAUUUGUAAAUCUCAAUUUUUUUUUUAACAAAAAAAGAAGUCUAUUUGCUCAGACUAACAGAAUGAAUAUUCUGAACGAAAAAAAAAAUUAAAAUUAAAAGGAGUCUGUAACCCU